UUUUCAGUGACUCAUCCACUUCAAGCAACUAAAUCAACUAUGUCUGACGGAAAGGAAGAGCUCGUGAACCGCGCCAAGCUUGCCGAGCAGGCUGAGCGUUACGACGACAUGGCCGCAUCCAUGAAGAAGGUCACCGAGCUGGGAGCUGAGCUCUCCAACGAGGAGCGCAAUCUUCUCUCCGUUGCCUACAAGAACGUCGUCGGAGCCCGUCGUUCUUCAUGGAGAGUCAUCUCUUCAAUUGAGCAGAAGACCGAAGGAUCUGAGAAGAAGCAACAAAUGGCCAAGGAAUACCGUGAGAAGGUUGAGAAGGAGCUCCGCGACAUCUGCCAAGACGUUCUCAACUUGCUCGACAAGUUCCUCAUUCCAAAGGCUGGAGCCGCCGAGUCCAAGGUCUUCUACCUCAAGAUGAAGGGAGACUACUACCGUUACCUCGCUGAGGUCGCCUCCGGAGACGACAGAAACUCAGUAGCCAACAUUGGACAAACGGCUUACGCGGAGGCACUUGAAAUUGCAAAUAAAGAUCUGUCACCAACGAACUGUGUUCGCCUUGGUCUUGCACUCAAUUAUUCGGUGUUUUUUUAUGAAGUAGCAGCAAGCCCGGAUAGAGCAUGCCAGCUUUCCAAGCAGGCUUUCGAUGACGCCAUCGCUGAGCUCGACACCCUCAACGAGGACUCAUACAAGGACUCUACCCUCAUCAUGCAGCUUCUCCGUGACAACUUGACUCUCUGGACCUCGGACGCUGCCACCGAUGACACUGAUGCCAACGAGACAGAGGGAGGCAACUAACUCCUUCACACCGACACGUUACCGCCACACACCCCUCACCUCGAUCUUGAAAAUGAUAAAUAAUACUAUUUGUCAUAUGAUUUAUUUAUUACCAUUGACUAGUUAAACCAUCGUUUUUCUUUCCAUUUUUUUCUAUAAAUUCAUCAAUCACUCCCCUUUUCCCAUCAACCAAAUGCAGAAGUUAUUCAAAUUUCUGUGCUGAGCCCACUCAUCAAAACUUCCCGUCUCUACCCAUACAAUUCAAUGUUCCGUUUUGUUACGGCUUUUCCCCCUUUCAAAUCUCGACAUUCGAAACACCCCCAAGCUUUUGAAUACACAUAAUAAAGUUGUAACACCAACUUCAAU